AUGGCUCUCUCACUCUUUUUGUGUAUUGAUAAUCAUGGAGCUUCUCGCUUAGUUGGGUGUGCACUCACAGAUGAUGAAUCGGCUGAUGCUCACCGAUGGAUUUUACGUCAGACAAAGCAAGCUACGGGCAAUUGUGUACCUGCGGUGAUUAUGACUGAUGCAGAUCCUGCACUAGACCUAGCAAUCGCUGAAGAAUAUGAAGAAUCGUAUGCCAUGCAUUGCAUAUUCCAUAUUGCACAAAACCUUCCACGGAACCUCGAAACUCGAUUGGGUGAACAAUAUAGGGAAUUUGUUAAAGACUUUUACAUAACACGUAAUGCGCUCAUUCCAGAAAUCUUUGAACGUAAGUGGGUACAACUUAUAGAGAAGUAUAAUCAGCCAGAAGUUGUCAGAUACCUACAGCGAACAUUAUAUUCAUCAAAAAGAGCAUGGGCACGUGCAUAUACAGCAACAAGAUUUACUGCGGGCAUUCAGACAACAUCACGAAUUGAGAGUUAUAAUGCUCAAAUCAAGAGGUUCAUUCUAAAUUCCAAUGUCAGUCUUCUAGAACUUACUGAAGCUUUGGAAAGAAGCAUAAAUGAAGAGAGCAAAAGGGCAAAGUAUAAAUAUUGGAAAACUCGAUUUCCAUCAACAUCCUCAGCCACUCUAUCGCAAACAUUAUUUCCUAAACUUGAUGAGACAUUGUGUCAUUUUCUCACACCUACAAUGCUAAAAGUUCAACGUGCCGAAAUAAAAAAUUGUCUGAACUAUCAAGCAUCUGCUAUUACGCAGGAGGAGAUCAUUGAAUAUCAGGAGUUUGAAUCAAAUACAACUCAAUUCAUUGAGGAUGAUGAAGAUACACUACAAAUUUCCAUGAAUUAUAUACUGAAGAAUGUAGAUAUUGACAGAAUAGAAGAAACCUGGGCCAUCCGUGCAGUUACCGCUUCAAGAUUCUGCCAUUUUAUUAUUCUUCUUACUGACAGAACUCAUAUCUGCUCUUGUCUGGGACUU